AUGCUUAAACCCAAUGCUUUCUUAAUACGAAUACAGUCGGAUUUAGAGUGGCGAGAUCUAAUAUGUGUCACAAAAGACGGAGUAGGUUCAGACAAAAUCAGCAAAGAACCUGCAUCCUGCAGUUUAGUCUUGCGCGAAACAGGAAUCGACAACGAUCCAAAUGAUAAAUGGAGAGCUGUGCCAGGAAACAACUCUGUUUGCUUUGAUGAGACAGUAAAUGGAACUGUACGUUCUUACUGCAAUCUGCUGUGUCCAAAUGCUGAUACCGCGUAUUUCAUUAAGCGAACACCACAAACGCAUCGGUCAUGCUUUGCAUUCGUAACUUAUCAUCAUGAGAAACGUGGCACUGACUGGUACGUAUGGCGAAAUAAGAACUGCCGUAUGUCCACAAUAACGUUCACGAUCCGGUGUGAAUUUCUUUUUGAUCGGAAAGAAUUUCCGCGUGAUGAAGAGAUAUUCAAAAAGCUGCGAAAAGUAUAA